AUGGUGCUGUUUGUUUUGCUACUGUUGCUGUAUUGUAAGAAGGCUGUCAAAAACGAUCUUGAUAUGAAAUAUAAGCUUCAAAAUAUGAACGAACUCGAGGUUGAGAUUGAAGAUUUGAGGAAGUCAAAUCAUGACCUGAAGCGGGAAAAUUCUGAACUAUCACAGAAAUUGGAGUAUUUACAGAUGAUUGCUCCUUCCACUCUAGAUAAUGAAGAGAUUUUGACCCCGAUUGGCGGUCAUCUUCCCAGGGCUCUUUUCUUAGAGACUCGGGCGACCUUGAUGAUUCUUCUAUCGAUACCUCGUUGGUUAACAAAACCAACAAUUCUAGCUAAACAAGACUUCAACAAACUGAUGAGACUUUUACGAGGAAAAGCUGGUCAUCGUCGUAGUAGAGGAACACCUCUAGAACAAACUACAUCUGUGGAAGAUAAUGUUGGGACUUUAGUAUCUUAA